AUGGAUAUCGAAGCAGCAGCAAAUAAGAAACAAGAAUUAAUCAAUGGUUUCCAAAACUUGAUUAAUGAAAAAGAUAAGCGAAUAGAAGCUUUAACUAAUGAAAAAAAGGAAAAUGAAAAGAAAUAUCAAGAAAAUAUUACAAAAUUAACAAAUGAAAUUAGCCAAAUAAAGGAAGAUUUCAAAAAUGAAAAGAAACACCAAGAAGAUAUUACAAAAUUAACAAAUGAAAUUAGCCCAUUAAAGGAAGAUUUCAAAAAUGAAAAGAAAUACCAAGAAGAUAUUGCAAAAUUAACAAAUGAAAAUCAGGAAUUACAAAAAAAGUUGGUCGUUAUACCUCAAUCAAAUACACCAGGGAUUAACAAUUAUUUACGAAUUAUGGAGUCUAUGGGUUUUUUUAAUUCAAUUGAAUUUUGA